AUGUCAGACUCCGACUUUGACGAUUUCGAUGUCGACUUCGCCGUCGAUGACUCCUUCCUCCGCCAGCUCGACGACAUUGAAGGCAAGGUUACCCCACCAACAUCGACGCGUAAUCCCUCCAUCGUCGCUUCCUCUCCUCAACUGCGGGCCCCACCCUUCCUCCAGAAUGCUCAAGCCGGUCCAUCGCGUAUUGGCAAUACGAGCUCUGGGGCGUCACGUCGCGCCGCUGCUCUCGGCCUGCGCUUACCUCGGCCCGCACCGCACCCUUCAAGCGACGAUUACGGUGACAUGAGCUUCACUGCUGAGUCACUCGAGCAGAUUGACCUGGCUACCCGAACUAAAGGAACUACCAUCCUUACUUCCUCUGGCAUCUCGCGCCAACGCACCUUUGCACGCACCAUGUCGGGAAACAUGCUCCAGACCCACCUGAACUUUCGCCGCGAGAACCCGUACACCAAGGGCAAGCGAUGGGACCGCACCGGCUUCGCUGCAUCUGGUCGACGGAAGGUGGCGGUGAAGAAGAAAAGGAAGGGAACGGCGAGGGCGCGUUAUGGCGAUGACGAUGACGAUGACGAGGGCAACGACGAUGAAGACUCUGACGAGCCUCUCGCGCCCGACCCGACGCCGCUCGUGGACACUUCUAAGCCGUACGAGCCGCAGAAACACCACUACGUGCAGUCCACAGUUGGCACCUACCUCUAUCCCACCAACCAUCCCAAACGCUCGUACCAGUAUGACAUUAUCCGCUCGUGCUUCACGGACAAUACUCUCGUCGCACUACCAACCGGUCUUGGCAAAACCUUCGUCGCAGGCGUGGUUAUGCUGAAUUUCUACCGCUGGUUUCCUACUGGCAAGAUUGUCUUCCUUGCCCCCACGCGUCCUCUCGUCAACCAGCAGAUCGAAGCGUGUCAGCUAACUUGUGGCAUCCCAAGUCAAGAUGCGGCGGUUAUGACCGGGCAGAGCAUGCCAGCCAAGAAACGAGACGUGAUGUGGGAUGAGCGGCGUGUUUUCUACUGCACACCACAGACUCUGGAUAAUGACCUGCGCCGCGGAGCUGUGGACCCGCGAGACAUUGUCUUGGCAGUGUUUGACGAAGCACAUAGAGCUUCGGGCUCCUACGCGUACACAACAAUCCUCGCCCUCAUCACGGCCCAAAACCCAUAUUUCCGCGUACUGGCCCUCACUGCCACUCCAGGAAACGAUGUGCCCAAAGUCCAAGGUGUUGUCGAUGCGUUGCACAUCAGUCGCAUCGAGAUUCGCGAAUCCGAGUCACCAGAGAAGCGGACAGAGAAGCACGUCAUUUUAAUGGGGCCCAUUAUCAUCGAACUCAGAGAUCGUUGGGCUGCGCUGAUGAAGCCAAUUAUCCAGAAGCUCGUUGAGCGACACGUCUUGACGGAACGUGAUCUUGAUGCUAAGCGUCUCAAGACGUUCCGUGUUACCUCAAGGCGCUUAGAGAUUUCACGGGACCCGACCUCCGGUCUGAAGUGGGCGAUUGGGACGCUUAACAACCUCGACAAGAUGUGCCGCGCCAUGGCCUAUCUGUUGGAGUUCUCCAUUGGCAUGUUUCAUACUUGUGCCAUGGAGGUAGCCGGCGAACCCACAUCCAAGGGCAAGGCUGGGAAUUCGCGGGGUGGCGCCAUGAGUUUGCGAAACAACAUUGAGUUCCAGCGUCUCAUCCAUGACGUCGAGGGGGAGAUGAACGACAUUAGAAGGCAUCGCGAUGGCAAAACGCUUGUCGACUCCCAUCCCAAGAUGCAGAAGACGUUAGAGCUGCUUCUGGCGCAUUUCGCGCAAGCGGAGGAAGAUGAGAAGGAACAUGGAAUCCCCAACAACACCCGGGCAAUGGUUUUCUGCUCGUUCCGGGAGUGUGUUCUAGAGCUUGUUGACAUGCUGAACGAACACCCUCACUUGCUCAAGGCCACCAAGUUUGUUGGCCAGUCCCAGGGCAAGCUGGCCAAGGACCAAGGGUUCACUCAGAAGGAGCAAAAGAGGACAAUCGAGGAGUUCAAGGAAGGCAAGUUCAACAUCCUCGUGGCAACUUCUAUCGGGGAGGAAGGCCUCGACAUCGGCGAGGUCGAUUUUGUCGUCAUCUAUGACAUGCCCAAGCAGUCAAUUAAGCUGCUGCAACGAAUCGGCCGCACUGGGCGUAAGCGCGAUGGGCGAGUUCACGUUCUCAUGUCUGAGGGCCGCGAGGACCUCAACUGGGAAACGGCACAGCAAACUCAUCGUGACAUCCAGGAGGAGAUUCUUCACAGCCGCAACCUCGAGCUAUUUGAAGACGUCGAGCGUCUCCUACCCCCAAAGUUCCCAGAGUGUAUUGAGAAGGAAAUGGAGAUCGACCCUUGGGAUCCGGCAGAGCAAGGACGGAUGCUACCGGCGGCCUCCCAACCCCAAAACGGCAAAAGCGGAGGCAAGUCGAAGAAGGCGGCACCAGCCAAGAAGAAGCGUGUCUCAGGGGUGCCUCCUGGGUACGAGGGAUUCAAGUCAGUGGCGCAGUUGCUCAAGGAGGGCACGUCGAACCGCAAGAAACGGGGGCGAGGCGAUUCGGAGUCGGAGGAGGAAGGGUCGCUCGAGGAGUCGAGUCUCAUGGACGAGGCCGAGAACGGGUUCCAGAAUACGGGCGCUGCGUCCUCGCGCGGGGGGCACAAGAAGUCGACGGCGCGGACACGAGGUUCAAAGAGGGUCAAAUCGUCAGGGCCCAACUCGUCCUCGGAGCCCAAGACAUUGACGCGCGCCGAGGAGCAGGCGAUCGAAGCCGAGGCGUUCGAGCGCAAACGCGAUGACCUCAACCGCAGAGCGUUAGAUUUCUUCAACACCCAGGGACCACUCCGUGGGCGUACCUCGUCACCGGCGCGUGGAACUCCGCCCUCCUCUCCACAUGCGUAUAGCACUGCGCCUGUCAACGAAAAGCUGUCGCCACGCGCUGCCGAGAUCGCCGGCUUCAGCCAGAUCGACCUGAGUUUAAGCAGCGAUGAGGAACUCGAGCUUGUAGAGCCGACGGCGUCACCGCACCCACCGCGCACCUUUCCCUCACACUCCGCGACUCGGCUCUCCAACAUGGCACCUCCACCAGUACCCUCCUCACCCACUCGUCCCAGUGUAGUUCACGAGACCCCACUCUUCCGUCAUACUGGGCAGACGCCCUCCACUGGUGGCACUGAGCCAACACCGUUCCCAGUGCGUCGGGGGGGUCGACGUGUGGCUCUGCCUUCAAGUGAGCAGGACAGCCCGGGCCCGCGUCCUCUGCAGCGCCUUCGUCGUCGGCCUCCCUCAUCGCCAGCCAUGGACCCCGAUACAAGCCCAACUGUGGAACGUCAUGCUCGUCGCUCGCACCCUCGGCUGGAUCUGGCGCAGUACCUGGACAUCGAUGUCGGCGUGUCGGGUUCCGAGAGCUCGGACGAGAGCUCGGGCGAGGAAGACGAGUCAGACCGCCUCUUUGCGGGCGACUUCCAACCUACCCAAGCACCCCGUGGGUACAACCAACGUGCGAUGUACCGCGCAGGUCUGUCGACGCAGGUGGGUAGCCCAGCAGGUCUGGCGUUCGCGUCACGGGACCGCCAUCCGGCGUUCCUUGCAAAGGCGCGCAAGCCCGUCUUGCUUUCGGAUGACGAGCGGGACCGGAGUAGUGAGAACGAAUACCAGCUCGGCAGCUUUGUGUGUGAUGACGACGAGGACGUGGGGUUUGAUUCGUCGCAGCGGAGCGACGCUCUCAGACUGUAG